AGAAGAAAGAGACAGCCGCGUCAUCGCAGUCGAAGAAGAGUCAUAUCUUGGAGGAAACAUGGCUUCCCCUGCUGGUUGUGAGCAUUAUGUGCGCAACUGCUCAUUGAAAGCACCUUGCUGUGGUAAACUGUAUGUGUGUCGGCUGUGCCAUGAUGCAGAGGAGAACCACCAGAUGGAUCGGUUCAAAGUCAGGGAGGUGCAGUGCUCUGAGUGUCACACAGUGCAGCAGGCACAGCAGACUUGCCAGCAGUGUAAUGUGCAGUUUGGGGAGUAUUACUGUGACAUAUGCCACUUGUUCGACAAGGAUAAGAAGCAGUAUCACUGUCUGCCCUGUGGAAUAUGCAGGAUUGGACCCAAGACGAAGUAUUUUCAUUGUGAGAAGUGCAAUCUGUGUUUAGCCCAGGAUCUGCGUGGAAACCACAAGUGUGUUGAAAAUGUAUCAAGGCAGAACUGCCCUGUGUGUAUGGAGGAUAUUCACACAUCCAGAAUUGGAGCUCAUGUUCUUCCAUGCGGCCAUCUUUUACACAAGACCUGCUUUGAUGACAUGAUCAGAACUGGAGCAUAUCGCUGCCCCCUGUGUAUGCACUCUGCCUGGGAUAUGGAGCACCACUGGGAGCAGAUAGACAAAGAGAUUGCCCAGUCACCAAUGCCUACUGAAUACCAGGGUACUACUGUCAAAAUUAUAUGUAACGACUGCCAAACCCACUGCACGGUGCCUUUCCAUGUGCUGGGGAUGAAGUGCAGUGGCUGUGGCUCCUACAACACAGCACAGGAUGGCGGACUCAUCCAACAGCAGACAGAACAGGACACUCAGCAUGAGGCAGAGACAGACACAGAGCCAGAGCAGCAAGAUCAACCUCAGUCACCCACGCCACAGUAAAACUGCAACCAACCACACUGGGUGACAUUUGUGCUGUAGAUGUUUGGCUGGUGCACUUACUUGUACUAACUUACAUUGAGUGUAACAGUAGACUGAGCCAGUAUUGCUAGAUUGUACAUAUUACAAAAAUCCAUCUAUUUUCUGUACCUGCUUAUCCUCUUUAGGGCUGGAACCCGAUCCAGCAUGCACUGGGUGAGAUGAAGGGUGUCAGGCUAUCACAGGACUAACACACAGUCACACUUACGGGCAAUUUGAAGUCAUAGCCCAUCUGACCACCCAGAAAGUUGUUGCUGGGGGUUGACAGUCAAUCCAUACAGCCACUGUGUGGCAUCAUAACAAAAAUGAAGGUUGUACAGUAUCAGACCAGUUGUUAUUGUUUUCUGUUAAGUUCAGGGACUGUGGUGUGCAUCCUAUUUACUGUAAAUGCCCUCAGCAAGACAUGUGUCAGUUUGUUAUAUAUACAGUACCUUAUUUGUUAAUUUGUCAAACACAAAUAGAAAUUAAAAUUAGCCUCAGGCAGAGUAUAGCGUGACUAACACAGUAGUCUGUACGCUAACUGGCCUACUGGCAGCAUAGCACUAGGUACUGUGCAAACCAGGUGCAAAUUAUUUAAAUAAAAUUCAGGACUGUAAAAGUGGAGCCCUCACGCAGGGCAUUUCAAAUGGAUCAAGGAAUCAUGCAAAUAUCUAGAGACAUUCACUGGACAUAUGUGCAAAAAAUUCCAAAAAGGUGCCUGUGCGGAUUAUGCCCCUGCAUGUUUUUUUAUUUUGCAUAGAUGUCCUGUCAGUCAAAGAUUAAACAGACAGCAUUUUUCUCAAUUUUUGUCACACUCUUGGUCAUGUCUUAUUAUUAUUAUUAAUUAACGCUACAAGUGAAAUUUAUAAAUUCCUGUCAUAGUGCUGAUCAAAUUCUUGUUUCAAGUUGCACACUGCGAGCAAAAAAGGAUUUCCCCGCAAAAAACACGAGUUUAGAACAAAAUGACUGACAGCUUCCUGUUUUCUUUUUCUCUUUUUUCAUCUAAUAAGUUAUUCUUUUUUUCUUUUUUUUAAAAAGGUGAAGUAUAACAGACCAGUACUCUUGAGUUAUGAUGAGAUAUUAGAUUUUUUUUUUUUUUUAACUGACAAGUCAACUAAUUCUGUUACGUAUGUAAAUGCACAUGUAAUUUAGAUAGUCUAAAAAAUUACUGAUUGGGCCUUUUUAACCUGCUCAUUUUUCUAACGCCAGCAUAGAAGAUGACGUUAUGCUCUGUGGCUUUGGAAAUAAGUCUUGCCUGAUUGUUAUGAUGACAUAAUUACAGCUGCAAAACAUGCACUGAUUGACUGUUUCCUUCUCAUACAUGCAAUACUGUAAUUUCUGGUACGGCUGCUGUGACAUGAGGACCGUGACUCUGGUACUAUUUGCUUUUUGUGUCUUUGUUAAUUGCAGAUGUAAAUUUGGUUACCAAUGACACUAAUACAGACUCCCAA